AUACCAAUACCUAUACCAAUACUAAUACCAACACCAAUACCACUACCAAUAUCAGUACCAAUAUCAAUACCAAUACCAAUACCAAUACCAGUAUCAAUAUCAGUAAUAAUACCAACACCAAUACCAGUACGAGUACCAAUACCAAUAUCAGUACCAGUACGAAUACUAAUACCAGUACCUAUAUCAAUACCAACACCAGUACCAAUAUCAAUACAAGUACCAAUACCAAUGUCAAUACCAAUACAAAUACCAGUGCCAAUACCAAUGCCAAUACCAGUAGAAGUACCGUACGAGUACCAAUACCACUACCAAUAUCAAUACCAAUGCCAAUACCAACAUUAA